GAGCAGGAAAACCGCUGGGGUCAACGUCCAUUCGUUGCCUUCUGGGUUACCUUGUCAAUGGAUCGUUGUGAUUUCCUCUUUGUUUACAACUUGGUUCAGGACUACCUGAAAUAUGUGUGUUUGGACUCUGAGCCGGAAACAGCCUCCAACCAAGCCUCUCAAGUCUUGCGAAAAGUCGCAUCUUCCCUUCAAGGAGAAGUGGAAGAGAACUUGGGACCCUACCUGGACAAAUUUGAGAUUUGUUCUACGGAGGAAGCCGGCCGAGUUUUCGAUCAGGUGAUGGUCAAUGAAUUCACUGAUGGAAAUACCAACUGGGGACGGAUUUUGACAAUAUUCUUGUUUGGAGGAAUUCUUGCUAAGAAGCUCCAGGAGCGUGGUGUCCUUUUCACGGCAGACACCCUGAAGCAGAUUUCUCACUUUAUCACAGACUAUAUCAUCAACACCCACUCCAAAUGGAUCGUUGAAAAUGGAGGAUGGGACAAUGGCUUUGUGGCAAAAUUCGAGGACAAAAGUCCCUGGCUGUCUUUACACUGGAUGAAGACCAAAAUCCUAGCUGCUUUCUCGUUCGUCAAUCAAUAUUACUGACAAAUUUGGUCAAUGCUUCCUUCAGGAACUAGAUGAGACCACAAGAUGUGCCCACCGUAGCUUCCUACUGCAGUUCUGGUCAGCAGAAAGCUGAAACGGCCCUACUAGAGACUUCCUUUCCCCCCCCAUUUCAAAUCUUAUUUAUAUCCUAUUUAUUUGGGGAUGGUGUAUUAUUUUGAAACCAUGUUUCAGUUUACAAUCGUCAGCAUGGGGGGUCCCAAUUCAAAAAGUUUUUGCUUUGUUUUCUAGUACA